AUGGAUCCUUUCUCAAUCACAUUAGGAGCUCUACAGAUCGCCGGCGCAUGCGCACAGGUCACGAUAACGAUCAUCAAAUGGGUAGGAGAGGUCAGGACAGUCGAUGCACGAAUCUCAUGCUUCUGUGACGAAGUGACAGCCCUUCAGACUACAUAUGAAGGCCUUGAACGAAGCUUGUCGUCUCCUUUGAUGGCAGAGGCUGCUCGUGUGGCUAGCAAAACCUCAGAUGGGUCGCACCUCUGGCGCCAGAUCAAAGAAACCCUGGACGAUUCCAAGCGGACGAUUCAGCGAGUCAAUGAUGUCCUCGACAACAUUGUUCGUACGUCUGGCUUUGGACGGAAAUUCAAGGCACAACUGCAGGAAUCAUUGUCUUCUGGCGAGCUCUCCCGGCUUCGGCAACGUAUUCAGAUUUUCAAUACCGCCCUUUCCCUGCCCAUACAGAUGGUUUGCGUCAUGCUGCAGCUUGAGCAAAGGGAUCUCACCAGUGAUCACCAAGCCUCACUAGAUGCGAAGCUGACGGGUUUAGAGAAGUCUGUGAGGGACCUUGUCCGAAGUCUUGGCCCGCGGUCGCGCUCGCAAUCCCUCUCCAGUGCUACACUUGUCGCCACAGAGCCUGAGGCGCUGAUGCCCGACGACGAUAUCGAUACAUAUAUCAAAUUUGCAAAGAAGUUCCUGGCUACUGCAUCUGCUGCUGCCAGUACUAGAUCCUCUUUGAGUACAGUCUCACCAGUAAUGGAGCCAGAUAUCCUCCUUGAUCGAAGAAAACCAUCCAUACCCGACCUUCCACAGCCACUGACCGAAAGAGAAAGACUAGCACAGUGGAUUCCCGAGCCAGGUCUGGCGACAGAUAUAAGCCGCAGUCGACACUCGAAUAAGCUUCAGCAUGGCUCAAUAUCGGAUGAUGCUGUUCUCGAUGCCGAAGAUGAUACAGAGAUCACCUUUAUGAGAACGAAGCGACAUCUCAACCUUGGGCAAGAGCGGGUGGAAAAGGGAAACCAUGCCGGAGCUGAGACGCACUUCCGAAAAGCCAUUACCCUGAUGGAAAAGCACGACUUUGACGGGAGGAUAUCGUUGCAUCCAGCAGACGUUGUCUUAAUGCUGGCUGACACAUGUGUCAAACAGGAAAAGCUUGACGAAGCUAUAAGCCUGCUGAAACCCGUAGCUGGUAUGCGCGAGGAUAUAUUCCCAGCUACAACGGAGGCGACAGAAGCUAAAACAAGAUUGCCAUCGCCCCCUUAUCAACAAGUCGACAAGUUCCAGGCUCUGGCCGCAAGUCAUAUGCUGGGUCAAGUUUUUAUGCUCAAGUCAGACUACGACUCGGCCGAAGACCACGCACUGAAAGCAUUCAUGGAACGAAGAAAAGAGCUCGGUCCACAAGAUGCAAAGACUUUGGAAUCAGUGCAAUUGGUCAUAGACAUUUAUCGAGCUCAAGGCGAUGAGGAGGAAGCCGAAGGAUACGAAGUGUUCCUUCUACCUCCGGAGAAGCCCCCCAGAAAUCUGCCUCGCGAGCCGUCGACCUCUUCUUUCGAGGAACCGCUGCUGGUACAGAAGACGAUCGCAUUUGAGAGCAAGGCUCCACCCGUGCAGCCACAGACCAACCACCGCAAUAGUCGUUCCAGUUUCGCGCAGCGGCUUCGACACCUCGGACGAUCACCUCAGUCUUCGUACACCCAAUCUCCUCCAGCUGUAGACCUUCACAGGCUAUCGAUAUCGAGGUCUACGACACUGAACGACAACCUGCAGGAUAUCGAUGCCGACCAAUCUCGUAUCGACUGCUUGAGGAGCUUCAGUUCGCCUUCGGACUCCUCCACUCACGACCGAAGCAUGUCAAUCUACGACGAUGACUCUGUCAACACUCCCUCCACCGGCAUCAUCGAGCGAUCGAGCCGGACCAUCGAGCCUACCUUCCUGGCCAUCUCGCAGUUGUGUGCGGAGAAGAAGGUCGAUCGCGCCGCCAAAGUAGCGCUGCAAUUUCUAGACACUUACCACUCCAACGUCAUGGUGAUCCGCAAGAUGGAAAUGGAGAAGAACAUCCGCCGUGGUAGCGGACAGGGCCUGGCCCGGACGGGUCGUGGCUAUGCGCCCUUGCAUUUCUUCUGCGAACUAAAGGAGGAGCACGCAGAAGAGGUGCACUUGCUGAUCCGACAAGGAGUCAACGUCAACGCCGUUGCUUAUCAAGCUGGCUACACCGAGUCCAAUCCUAAAAACGCGUUUACGGCGCUACAAGCUGCCACCGACCGGGGUUACUCGACCAUCACCUCCCUCUUACUCGCUUGUAAAGGUAUCAGGACGGAAGUCCGGAACACGGACGGCCUGACACCGCUCAUGGUCGCAUGCCGACGUGGCCAUUAUCCCAUCGUCAAACAAUUGCUCGGCUUUCCCCUUCCCACCGAGUUUCCGCAUUGGCAUGGGAAUACCCUGCUCCACGAUGCAGCUCGACGCUGCGACCCGAGACUGGUAGAAAUGCUGAUCGAUUUCCACCCCGACCUCGAUGCUCGAGAUACAUUCGGCAAGACGGCCUUGAUGCACGCGCUCACGUUGGACGAUGUCAUCGACGAAGCGGAACGGAAGAAGAGAGAUAGAGGCAGGUGCAAGACGGUGAAAGUACUGCUCGAGGCAGGGGCAGAUCCAACGCUUAGGGACAAUCAGCAACAAACCAUCACCAUGUCGGACGCAGCUCCCGCCCUCUUAAUCGUCCUCAUCACCAUACUUCUCCCUCCCGUGGGUGUCGCCAUGGUCGCUGGAUGCGGAUUUGAUCUCUUUGUCAACAUCUGUCUGACCCUUCUCGGUUACAUCCCGGGCCACAUCCACGCCUUUUACAUCGAAUACGUCUACUUUGACCGUCGCGACCGCGCGAGACACGGACAGCUCACCGGUCGUCCAGCGCCAGGCGUCUACUCUGAUCGGGUCCAGAGCGGCGGCAUUCAAGGCUACGGGACUAUCUAG